AUGAAGGGGGCGACAUCCUUGCUGCUAGCCCUCCUGGGACUUGCAGCCAGAACCACCGCCGACCCAACAUGGCCUGCAGACAUCGACGAGCUCGAGGAGAUCAUGUACCAAACCACCGGUGUUCGGUCACGAAAGUUUGCCGAUUCCGUCAACCCCUGUACGCGAGAGGUCUCUGGUGCAGGUCGCAAAAACGCCGCCGAGUGGCUAAGGACCGCCUUUCACGACAUGGCUCCUGCAAACGUAUACAGGGGAACUGGCGGCAUGGAUGCAUCUUUGCAGUAUGAGCUGGGAUCGAGCGACAACACAGGUCCAGGCUUCGGCACUACCAUGACCUUCAUGGCUCCCUAUUUGACGCGCAAGAGCAGUAUGUCAGACCUCAUCGCACUUGGCGUCUACACAUCUGUGUUGUCUUGCAAGGGCCCAUCUGUUGCCAUAAGAGCCGGCCGGAUCGAUGCAACAGGACCGAACGACUCUGGCGCCGUUCCCACACCUGGAGACUCGACUCCAGUGUUCCUGAACCGGUUUGUUCGCAUGGGUUUCUCUACAGCAGAUAUGAUACAAAUGACGGCGUGCGGUCACACCAUUGGCGGUGUUCACUCGGCGGACCAUCCCGAUAUCGUCCCUGCUGGCCAAUUCACAAACGAAGUUGCCACCUUCGAUACCACCGAUGCCGCGUUCGAUCCCAAAGUCAUCACCGAAUAUCUCGCCGGUACCACUCAGAACCCACUGGUCAACGUUCCCGGGACCCAGAAGGGAAAGAACUCCGACUUCAGAGUCUUUAACGCCGACAAUAACGCAACCGUAAAGGCGAUGACAGACGCCACCGUCUUCAACAACGUUUGCAAAGCCAUCUUUGAGAGAAUGGUCAAUGUCGUCCCGUCCGGCGUGACUCUGAGCGACCCCAUCCAGCCCUACCAAGUUAAGCCGGUACAAAUGCAGCUUGCACUCGCCGACGUAUCAACCCUGUCACUGACGGGUGUUAUCCGUGUCCGCACGACCAACUUCCCCCUUUCGAACAUCGCCAGCCUCACUAUCAGCUACAAGAAUCGGAAUGGCGGUACCAUGUGUGGAUCUGGAGCUUGUGCCUUCACCAUUACCGUUUCUGGUGCUUCCACGAACUUGGAAGAGAGCUUCGCCUGGUUUACAAUCAUGCAGAAUCAACAGAAUGGAGUCAGAAUCCCGGUCUCAUCUGGUAUCUCAUCUUUCACGGUAACGAUCAAUAUGAACGAUGGUUCCACCAAAUUCUUCGACAACAAUGGCAACGGUUAUCCCAUGCAGGACGGCAUUUUCCUUCAGACUGAUCAGAGCUGUUUGACCCAGUCCAACGGCAAUGCCACUUUCGUUGCCGCCGUCCGUAACGAUCGCAUCUCACAGCCUGUGAGCGUCAACGUCUGGUACAAAACAAAGCGUACCACCAGUGUCGUGCCACUCCUGAGCAACAUGACACUGGCCAUGACACAGGGAGCUUGUCAAGGAGGUUAUACUUUCUUCACCGUGACGACCACCAUACCGGGUGGUGUCAGUGUUGAGUCAACAAUGGAUUUAAUCAGCGGAGACAUGGUCGAUUCUUUCAAGAAGGCCAACACCGUAGGUGGAACCUGUCAGGGGUGGUCUGGAGGUACUUCUUGCAGCAGUAUCACUGUCUCAUCUGUUGUUCCGACAAGCACUGCAAGUGCCCCCAGCCACCGUGCCACCAUGGGCGGGUACAAGUUCGUUUCUUGCUGGACCGAAGCAACAAAUGGGCGGGCUCUCAAGGGCGCGGCGUUCGCUUACGACGGCAUGACUUUGAGUAGCUGCAUGGCCAACUGCACUGGAUUCGACUACUGGGGAACGGAGUACGGACGGGAGUGCUACUGCGGUAACUCCUUGGACUCUACUAGUACUUCUGCACUCUUGGUCGACUGCAAUAUGCCCUGCUCUGGAGACUCAACUCAGUAUUGUGGCGCGGGCAACAGAAUCGAGCUGUAUUCGACCACCGCCACCCGUACAAGCAGCUCGACCGCGUCUGCGACUGCUACUCUCGCCCAUAUUUCCGCCGUUGGACAGUACUCUUUGGUUGGUUGCCAGACCGAGGCCACCAAUGGCCGCGCCCUCCAAGCAACUUCGACGGCAGCCGACGACAUGACCCUGGAGAAGUGUGCUACCUACUGCUCUGGCUACACAUACUUUGGAACCGAGUACGGUCGCGAAUCUUGGAACCUCUUCGUCUUCCUCCCAUUCUUCGAUUGCCUCGGCCGCGACAACCGCAUCGAGCAGCAGUUCGGGUACUUCCAGCAGCUCCUCGAGCUCCAUCACUCCCUCAAGCACCUUUACCCAGGCCGUGUCAAGCUCAGCCUCCAGCAGUUCAUCGAUUCCGAGCAGCACACUGUCCCUACGCUUGCCCACAAAGCGACUGUGGCCGCUUACAACUUGACGGGCUGCUGGACAGAAGGAAAUGGCGUUCGUUACAAGUACUUCGGGACGGAGUAUGGGGGCGAGUGUUAUUGCGGCAACUUCCUCGCUUCGAGCAGCUCAUUAGCUCCUUUGAGUGACUGCAGCAUGACUUGCACCGGAAACCAAUACGAAUACUGCGGCGCCGGCAACAGACUCACCCUUUACACCAACAACAACGACAAGGUUACUGGCCCAAGUCAACCUGCCACCGCCGGCGUCUACUCUUUCCUCGGCUGUCGGACUGAGCCAGCCCAAGGUGGCCGUGCCCUGAGUGCGAAGGCGACGGCUUCAGACAAGAUGACAAACGAGGUGUGCGCGUCGUUUUGUGACGGCUUCGCCUACUUUGGCACAGAAUACAGCGGCGAGUGCUAUUGCGGCUCUGCCCUGCCCGACACAUCCAUUGUGGCACCUAUCAGCGAAUGCAAUAUGCUUUGCUCGGGUAGCAGCACUGAGUACUGUGGCAGUGGCAAUCGUUUGUCUGUGUACAAGAAAUGA